AUGUCCGCGACGACCGCCUUCGGCUUCGCCGCGUCGCCCUUCCUCGCGGCCGCGCCCGCGUCGCCGCCGCGGAUCACCCCCCGCGCGCGAUUCGCUUCUGCACCCCGCGCUCCCGCCGCCGUCCUCGCCAACGAUGGCUCCUCCGCGAUGGCCGAUGACGCUACAGCUGUGCUCUACUACUGCUCUCGCGCGCCCGCACCCGCGCAGCUCCGCCCCGACGCGAGCUCGCUGCUCCCGCGUGACUACCACCGCGGUCCGCAGCGCAUCGCGGACGUGGGAAGGUACUGGGCGAUGCCCAACCUCCGGCCGCUGAAGGAGACGGACGAGGGUAAGAUCAACGCGAUGAAGGUGGCGUCGGUGCUCAUCUUGGGCGCGGUGCUGGGCGCGUUGAUCCAGUCCAACGUCCAGGCCUCGCGCGACGCCGCGCCCGCGGCCGGCGCGGACGUCGACGUCGACACCGAAAAAGGCUACGGGUACGGCUACGGGUACGGGUACGGCUACGGCUACGGGUACGGGUACGGCCACGGGUACGGCGAUGAGCUCGAGAUCACCACGAAGCGAUCGGCGCCCGAGGUGGAGUGGCGCGACGCGGAGACGACGCGACCGACGCCGAAGAAGCUGAGCGAGAGCGAUAACGUGCUGAUCAGGUUGCUCGCGAAGGUCGGCAUUGGGCUCAAAGGCGUCUGGGACAUGCUCCCGGGAUGA